AUGCUUCGUUCACGUCGUUACCGCGUACUUUUAGUAUUCGCGGUCAUUUUUGUCCUGUCAUUUAUCCAUUUCUCUCGGUCGCGCGAUUGGAGUAGUAUCAUCGUCGAGACCAACGAGGGCCAUUCGCCUGAAUCCGCUAAUCCCGCAGAUCAGCUAGCUAAAACUGAUUCAUCCGCUUCAGCUGGAAAGGUUGACUCCAAUUCUCUCCCGAAAGAUCCGCCAAAAUCUAAUUCCCCUGUCUCCUCUUCCUCCGGAAAUAAAAACAAACCAGAAUGGCCUGCUACUUCCAGCUCUGAGACGAAAGAGAAUCAGGCUCCAGGAGGUGAUUCUCACAGCAGUACUCCUGGCAAGACCCUCGAGAAAGUCACUACGAAAGUCUCUACGAAGAUCCUCGAAAAGGAGGAAAUCGACAAUGGGGGUACUGGCAGAGUGGUGGCGAAGCACCCAAAUACAGGGAUAUCAGCACCCAGAUGGAAGAAAUUCCCUGAGAGAUUCCCAGUUUCUAUGGAGGAAUUGAUCAAGCUGCCCAAAGAUCAGCCUAAGGUCAUUUCCAGGUUGCAGGCCAAAUUUAAAGAUGAGACAACCUCGGACAAACAGGAGCGGUUGCAGCGACUGAGCGCCAUCGCGGCGGAAUUCAAGCACGCGUGGCAGGGAUACAAGAAGGUCGCAAUGGGCCACGACGAACUCAAGCCUUUGACAGCAGAGUUUGAGGAUCCAUUCAAUGGCUGGGGCGCAACGUUGGUCGAUUCACUCGAUACAUUGUAUAUUAUGGGAAUGAAGGAAGAAUUUACAGAGGCUGUAGAUACCGUUGGCAAGAUCGACUUUACCACCUCGCCCAGAGAGGACAUUCCCAUGUUCGAAACUGUGAUCCGGUAUUUGGGUGGUUUAUUGGGUGCUUACGAUAUCUCGGGACAGAGGCACGCGGUCUUGUUGGAAAAGGCCGAGCAACUCGCCGAGGUAUUGAUUGGCGCUUUUGACACGCCGAAUCGCAUGCCAGUAUUAUAUUACCGCUGGACUCCGGACCACGUUGACCGUCCCCACCGAGCCUCAUCUAGAGCGUCUCUAGCAGAACUCGGAUCUCUUUCCUUGGAAUUUACCCGUCUUGCCCAAUUGACAAAGCGUGAUAAGUAUUAUGAUGCGAUUGCUCGUGUCACGAACGAAUUAGAGAAGCUCCAAGAUGACACUAGUCUUCCGGGCCUGUGGCCAACCCGUCUCAAUGCCCAGGGCUGCGCAAAGUAUGAGCCUCUUCUUACUGAUCCUGUUGCGGAAGUCGGAGCUCCGACUCGAAAAAGUCCAGAUUCCUCUACCACGAAAGGAGAACCUACUAGUGCUUCUCUGAAACGCUCGGUACCGACCGAGUCAAGUAAUCCUUCGAAGUUGAUCUCUCGAGAUCCCGAGAUCGACCUCAGUGUAGCCGAACCUGCUGUUUACGGUAGCGAGGCAGAAGCCCAGACAGACACGUGUGAUGGCGGACUGCUGCUUCCUACCGCACUCCGUGACAACAAGUAUACUUUGGCCGGACUGGCCGACUCAACCUAUGAAUAUUUGCCCAAGGAGUACCUAUUGCUAGGAGGCGUGAAAGAUCAGUACAAGAAGAUGUACAAGAAAGCCAUGGAUGCAGCCCGCGGAAACUUGCUCUUCAGACCCAUGAUCAAGGGUGGACGGGAUGUCCGUUUUAUGGCGUCCACCAACUCACUGGAUCCUUCUUCAAAGGGUGUAGAUCCUUCGCGUGAUAUCGCCUAUGAAAGUCAUCAUUUAACAUGCUUCGUUGGAGGAAUGAUGGCCAUAGGGGCCAAAACCUUUGGAAUCGAGGGUGACAUGGAUAUCGCAUCGAAGCUGACCGACGGCUGCGUGUGGGCGUACGAAACGACCACCACCGGAUUGAUGCCCGAAAGGUUCCGGCUCAUGCCCUGUGGAAAAGGAAAGGCCUGUGACUGGGACGAAGCAAGCUACGAUGCCGAAGUGAAACGCUUUGGACAUAUCUCAGAUUCUGAAGCCGAGGCCAAGUUCCGCUCCGGAGAAACGGCUUAUGGGCAGUCCUACGGCGGCCGGGUGAAAUUGAACGCGGAUACCGAGUCAAAGAAAUCUGGCACGAACGACCACAGCGUUCCUCUUCCUAUGCCGGGAUCACAGAAUCCUCAUGACCAGGAGCCAGCUUCCAAGCGUGACAUCCUGGUUGGAGGAGGAUUCGCUAAUGUAUCUGCAGCUGCUCCGCCAGCAGGUUCUGACGAGACUGAGCGUAUUGAGAACCGGGAUACACCUCGUAUUCCUCAAUCCCCCGCUCUAUCAAAAUCUGAUCCAAGUGGUCUUCUACCCUCCGGCAUGGUCAGCAUCCCCUCAGCCCAGUACUACCUUCGACCCGAAGCCAUCGAGUCUGUGUUUAUCAUGUUCCGUAUAACGGGUGAUGAGGCCUGGCGGCGCAAGGGGUGGAAUAUGUUUGAGGCGAUUGUGAAGCAUACACGAACGGAACUGGCUCAUGCAGCCAUUGGGGACGUGAUGUCCCAAAAGCCAACCCAGAAGGACACCAUGGAGUCUUUCUGGCUAGCAGAAACUCUCAAAUAUUUCUAUCUACUGUUCAGCGAUCCCAGUGUGGUGGAUCUUGAUAAAUACGUCUUAAACACUGAAGCACACCCGUUCCUCCGCCCGACCUGA